AUGGCGACGAGCAUCAAGGGCGCCAUCGAGCUCACGCGGCCCGAGGCCAUGGCCAUGGCCGCCCUCGCGACGGCCGGCAUGUACAACGCCGUCGAGAUCUACCUCCUCAUCUUCACCACCUUCCGCCAGCGCCGCGGCCGCUAUUUCUGGAGCAUGGUCGUCGCCAACACCGGCAUACUCGGCCACGCCAUCGCCUCGCUCGUCCGCUACCUCUCCCGCCACGGCAACGUCAUCCCCGGCGCUUUCGCCAUCCUGGCCUGGUGCGUCAUGGUCACCGGCCAGUCCGUCGUGCUGUGGUCGCGCCUCCACCUCGUCGUCUACAGCCGCACCUGGACCCGGCUGGUGCUGGCCCUCAUCGUCUUCAACGCGUGCGCGCUUCACGCCCCCAUGGUGGCGAUGUGGGUGCUGUGCUGGGCGUCGCCGACGCCGGAGCAGCAGGCGUGGAUCGCCCGGUACGGCGUGUACGAGAGGGUCUCGAUCGUCAUCUUCACGCUGCAGGAGACGCUCAUCUCGGGCAUCUUCGCGCGCCAGGGCUUCUUCAACCUGCGGCCGCUGUUCCCGUUCAAGACGAGGGCGGCGAGGCUGAUAUCGUGGUACCUCCUCAGCCUGUUCGUCCUCGUCUUCCUGCUGGACGUCGCGCUUGUCGUGCUCGAGUACACGAACAACUUUGUCUACCAGACCACCAGCAAGCCGCUGGUCUACAGCAUCAAGCUGAAGGUCGAGUUCACCGUCCUCAACAAGCUGCUGGCCUUCACGAAGAUGAACUCGUGCGAUUGUCACCACCUCGAUCAUACGCCGGGAAGCUACGCCAAGGGGGUCACGACGGCGGACACCACCCCGACGAAAGGAUUGGCGCGACCACAGGGAGACGCGGUACCGGACGGACUGGUGUUGACCCAAGACACGGAACGACAAGACCAUAUAUUUGACGGGUCGUCCGUGACGGAACCAAGGGGUUCGCACAUCGCUUGA